CAGGUUCGAAUCCUGCUGUCGACGUUCCUUUUACGUUUUACCUCUCUUUAUCUUAUUUUCGUUACUUACUCUCCAAUCCGAUAAGCUUUAUUGCACACCACGGUUUCGCCCAAUCCCUAUCUCGUCGUCUUCCUUGCUUCUUUCAGUUCAGCCAUGGCCUUUUCAACUUUACACCAAAACCCCACUUUCCUUAAACCCCACUAUUCUCUCCUACCCAAACCUUCCAGCGCCAUUACACCUUCUCCUUCGACCUACGUUCCGGUCCGGUGCGGUGGCCCGCGGUCUCAGCGCGGACCACUCGUCAAAGGCCGAACCCUCAGCAUCGAAGCAAUCCAAGCCGUCCAAACCCUCAAGCGCCUCCAUCGAACUAACCCCACCAACGUCGACGACCUCUCCAAGACCCUCUUGCGGCUGAUUAAGUCCGACCUCAUGGCCACUCUCAAGGAGCUCCUCCGGCAGGACCAGUGUGCGCUUGCCCUCCGAGCCUUCUCCGCCGUCCGAUCGGAGUACAAGGCGGAGCUGUCCCUGUACGCAGACGUGGUGCAGGCGCUGGCGAGGAGUGGGAUGGAGGAGGAUGUGGACCGUCUGAUCGUGGAGAUGGAGGAAUCGGAGGGCGGGAUCGAGUGCGACGACAAGGGGUUGGUGGAGUUGAUAAAGGCAGUGAUCGGGGAAAGGAGGGAAUCAACGGUGAGGAUUUAUGGGAUGAUGAAGAAGAGUGGGUGGGGAUGCAGGGUGGAGGCGGAUGAGUAUGUGGCUAAGGUUUUGAGUAAUGGCCUCAAGGCCUUUGGGGAAAAGGGUCUGGCUGCAGAAGUUGAAAGCGAAUACAAGAAGUCAUUUGCCAAAUUCUCGAGGGACAGAAUGGAGAAAUCAACUGCUUAUUUGUUUUGAAAUGGAAACAAAUUGUUAUCGACAGAAUUAUAAAUACAAUUUUUUUUAUAUAA